AUGGGAGGCCAAUUCAGCAAGAUGAUGGGCAAGAUCUUCGGAUCCAAGGAGAUGCGACUGCUCAUGCUCGGCCUCGACGCCGCCGGCAAGACGACCAUCCUCUACAAGCUCAAGCUCGGCCAGGACGUCACCACCAUCCCCACCGUCGGUUUCAACGUCGAGACCGUCACCUACAAGAACGUCAAGUUCAACGUCUGGGACGUUGGCGGCCAGGACAAGAUCCGGCCCCUCUGGCGCCAUUACUUCAGUGGUACCCAAGGUCUCAUCUUCGUCAUCGACUCGUCGGAUCGGGCAAGAAUCGAGGAAGCCAAGCAGGAACUCCAUCGCAUCAUCAAUGACCGGGAAAUGAAGGAUAGUUUGCUACUGGUGUUCGCCAACAAGCAGGAUAUCAAGGAUGCCAUGAAACCCCAAGAAGUCACCGAUGCCCUGCAGCUCUCCAAGCUGAAAGACAAGGUCUGGUACGUCGUGCCCUCGUGUGCAACCACCGGCGAGGGCCUCCUGGAGGGUCUGGCCUGGCUGUCAAACAACGUCAAGGCACCCCCGGCACCGGCCAAGAAGUAA